ACCACCCCAAGAAAUCCAGAACAAACAUGAAACGACCCUUUAUAAACCCUUUCAUGAAGAAUUAACUAACAAUAACAAUAUUCCUUUUUAACGUAGAGGGAGGACGAUCAAGAAAUAAACUUGGUUCAUUCUCCCUAUAGCUAUCAAAUAAAGAAAUAUUGAAGAUGGGAAACUGUGGUAGCAAUCCCAAAACCAAUGAGGGUCCUGAGGCAGUGCCUGAGCCUGUGAUCGAGGAGGUUAAGGUUGAGCAGAAGGAGAGUAGUGAAGCAAAUGUUGAGACCAAGUUGAAGGAUCAAACCCCCAACGACUCCGAGAUUAAGUCUCUAGGCACAUUGCUCAACGAGAAAGUAGAGGAGGCACCAAAGACAGAAGAAGUAACGGCUGAACCCAAGCCAGAAGAGCCUAAAACAGAUGAGGUAAAGGUUCAAGAAGAGAAGCCCAAAGCAGAAGAAGCAAAGGCUGAGACCUAAAGCUAAUAAUAACGGGCAAGCGUUCUACCAGAGAGGGCUUUUAUAUUUUAAAUAUACACAUUUGUUGCUUUUCUGUUCAAUGGUCUAAGAGAAUUUAACUAGUUCUGUUAUCCAAAUUGACUAGUUGGAUUCUGGCUUCUUGGUUUCAUAUGCGUUUCUAUAAAUUUCCUCCAAAAUA